AUGGAUAGAAGAAGAGACACCAGGUACAAACAACAAGAGCCAGCUCAUCAUUAUGAUGAUCGCUACAAUGCCACCUAUGAUAACUACGACUACGAAGAGGAUUACGGUAAUCAGUACGCGAAUACGGUUCCUCACCAUCACCACGCUCACGCUCACGCUCAUGCACAUCAUCCAGAAGAACAUGGUUAUGACGAUGAAGAAGAUCAUUGGGCCAACCAACAGGAUUUCUACGAUACCGUUCCAGCUAACAAUCUUCCACCCGUUAAACCAAUGGGUCCUCCAAAGAAUCUGGCCCGUGUUCAAAUUUCCACGUCGAUUCCAGAGCCAGAUAAUGCUUUUAUUCCACAAGCUCCGCCUCCACCAAGAUUCGGGCCAACUGGAGGCUACAAUAACAAUAACAACAACGAUAGAAAAACUCCGGUAUCAAAAUACGGUAACAUGGCUACAACCGAUUUGAAGCAAAGAAGAGAAACUGCCGAUGUUCAUAUUCGAUUCGACCCAGCUGCGAAACGAGAAUUCCCUCCAAAGCAGACAUCGUUCAUUGAUGGAUUCAGAAAUGGUGAUUCAAGAGAUUCAACUGUCCCAUCUGCAAAGAAAAAGGAUACUGUAGCUGGUGGUCAAACUACAAAUACGAUUAGGUCCAUCAUCAAUAAUUUGAAGAGCGGAGGAAAUGAAAAACAAGAAGACACAAUUCCGCGUAACAGAGUCUCUACAAACCCAUUCAUGAGAGCCCAGCAACAGCAACAACAACAGCAAAAUCAUCCUCAAAACCGUUUGGAACCAAAGAAUCCUUCGAAAAAUGUGGCAGAAGUCGUUGAGAAAAUGAAUAAUGGGGAUUGGCCAAUUCAAAUUGAUGAUGAGGAUCCUUCUCCAAAUUCUGAUCCAAAACGGGCCUAUCAACAACACCCUGACAAAGCCAGGCAAUGGGAAACGCUUCAUCGGAAGAAGGACGAGAAGAAGAGUAUUCUAGAAGACGUUCCACAUUUGACAAAUGCUCCACCCUCUGCUCCUCCACUACCAACUCAACAGCCACCAUCCCAAAAGCAACAGUAUCCUCCAAAAGAGGAAAAUGACAAAAUGUCUGAUAAAAGUCACGAGGAGACUAGUGUCUCCACUGAUUCUGCAUUGUAUUCUGAAAGUUCGGAUACACGUGGACCAUCCCCAUACAAACUUCCAUUUGAUACCCAGAAACCCGGAGAACUCGGAGAGGAGGCUGAAAAACUAUUAUUCUACUUCAAAACCCAUAAAGAUGUUUUGAAUUAUUUGGGGAUUGGGCUGACGGAUAGACUUUGGAAGCAUAUCCAGAAGCUUCCUAAUUUUGAGUCCUCAAUUCGAGUCUUCAAAAAACAAGAAGAAUUAACUACUUCUUCCAAAGCUCCACCAGCUCCACCACUUCUUCCAACGUCAUCUGCAAACAUCCCACCAGCUCCAAAAAUCACAUUGAGUCAAUCAUUUGCCCCACAAGAUCGCAAGAGUCCAAUUGGUCACUCGCACAACCGCAGUGUCUCCCAGAACGAAGACGUCUACCCACAAAACAAUACAAUUGCUCAAUCGGAUGACAGUAGAUUUACCAAGAACCCAGAGAACAUCUCGGCAAGUAACAGAGACCAAAGAUCAAACAAUGGAGGACGUUUUGUGAAGAAAUCAGCGGCUGCGCUGAUUGCUAAAAAGCAAGGAAUGCAAUCGGAAGAUCCAAACUCUGCAACUGAAAUAAUCGAUCCUAGAAUCGCCGAAGAGAUUAAAAACCUGCGUGAUCGGGAGGAAGAGCUAAAAAGAAGUCGCUCUGAACUCGCUCUGGUGACAAGUCCUCCACCAAGUUCCUAUCAAAUGAGCCCAAAGAAAACAAGUCCAGGAAGUAAUAUGAGAAGUGCUCAAUCCUACGAUCAUCUGGAUAGUUCUGUUCGUUCUCCAAUCGAAAGAUCCCAUUCUUCUCAUAAUGUGUAUCAUAUGAAGAGUGCAACGAAUGGGGAUUCUUCUUAUCAUCUCGGAGGUGCUUACGGAAAUGCAAACUAUGGAUCCAUGCCACGACCUCAACACAGAAAAGAAGUGCGUCUUUCGAAACGAAGCCGCCAGUCGCAAUUCAUUCAGGCCUACAACUCCCAUCAUCCGCCAACAUUUCAAUUUCAUCUUAUCAACAAAGAUCCAACAACGACAAAUAUCAGAAUCCAAAAUCAAUGUACAGCGGACAUGACUCGCAUCGUAAAAUUGGGCUCUAGACGGUGGUUUUUGAAGAAACGGCGGACGGUUUCGAAAAGAGAAGAAUCAUUUAAAAGGAGUCUGAACAAGAGUACCGUCCGAUUUUCUGAAACUGUCACUAGUAUCUUUUGA